AAAAAACAGAGCAAGAAAAAAAAAAACGUAAGCGAAAUGGGAUUAUUGGCCGCGAUCGGAGUUCUGUUGCCAUUCCCGUUUUACUGGUGGCUAUGGACGAAUCCUCAGUCAUGGGUCAAUCUCUGCGGCCGAGGAAGAGACCCAUCGACGGUAAUGGCGCGUGUAUCUCACGUGCUCAAGGCUGCUCAACUCAUCUCUCUCUUCUCCGUCGCUUCUCUCUCCUGGCCUCCGCUCUACUUCUGGCCUCUCAUGGCCUUUGGCCAGUUUCUCAACUUCAGGGUAUAUCAAUUGUUAGGUGAAGCUGGAACAUAUUACGGUGUUCGAUUCGGGAAGAACAUACCGUGGGUUACAGAGUUCCCAUUCGGAGUCAUCAGAGAUCCACAGUAUGUUGGGAGUAUCAUGUCUCUAUUGGCAUGCCUCUCUUGGGUUCCAUUCCAAUACAUUCUCCUCUGGUCUCUCGGCUAUGUUUUCAUGAUGUUUGUGGAAUCAAAAGAAGAUCCUAGUGCUCGUGCCAAAUCCCUCUCAUGAUUCCUAAGCAUAACCCACUUGUGUUAGAAGAGCAAAACUCCCAGGAACGACAGGUCUUUACUGUUUUCUUUUUGAGUUUGUAUUCUCCUUUGUACCCAAACUGAUUCUACACUUCCUUGAAUAAUGCAGUUACCUUUUCUCGGGUUAUCGGUAGUCUAUAUAAUUGUCGAAGCAAGUAUGAGAUUAUCUUGCCCUUUAUGCCAAAGCCAAUGAUGCUGUAAAGAACCAACUGGAAAUAUAGGACGCAUUUGUAA